CCGUAGGCCCGAUUCAUGAAUGCGCACUGCGCAUCAUGCGUACUUUAGAGUAGAACACCGCUCCAGUCUCCCGCUACAGCCUGCAGAGAACGAGAGAAGGGGUUUCUGAAAUUUCAAACGACCGAUCGUCCAUCGUCUAGAGAGAGAGAGAGAUGAGUCUGGGAUUCGCCUCAAAUCUCCUCAUCUUUCUAUUCCUUGCUUUGGUUUUGGUUUCCGGAGAGGAGGAGCAGCAGCAGCUGAGUUACAAAGAGUGCGAAAAUCUAGGGUUUACAGGUCUCGCUCUCUGCUCCGACUGCAACAGAUUUGCCGAAUACGUUAAAAAUGAAGAGUUGGUAUCAGAUUGUAGGAAGUGCUGCACAGAGGACUCCGAUGAUUCGAUGAGUAAGGUUACUUACUCAGGUGCAAUUUUAGAGGUAUGCAUGAGGAAACUUGUAUUCUAUCCUGAAGUUGUUGGAUUCAUCGAGGAAGAGAAGGAUCAGUUCCCCUCUCUUAAAGUCCAAUAUGUAUAUGCUUCUCCACCAAGACUUGCCAUGCUGGAUGAUGAUGGCCAUCACAAGGAAACCAUAAGAAUUGACAACUGGAAACGUGAACAUAUACGGCAGUUCCUGAGAGAGAAGGUGAAGCCUGGUGCAUCAGCAAGCUAAGAUUUGAAUAUCAGAUUUUCUACUUGGGAUGGUGCCACUCUUGUUUCAAACCGCUGUGAUUUCUCCAAGGUCAUUAAUGUCUUUUCCUGUUUCCUACUUCGUUUCCAACUCUCCUGCUUGCUGCUUUUGGUAGGCUAAAGAUGCAGAAACUAGCCAAAGAAAGAUGAGUACCAUGUUCUUUAGGAAAAAAAAAAAUGAAUUGUAGUUCAGAGGUUUGAUGUCUCUACAGUUUCUAAGAAAUAGUGAGAAUUCUCAAUCUCUCUCAAUGUGAAGAUCAAGGAUUUGAAUUGAUGAUGUUUCAUUGGCUCCUCCUAAAGAUUUCAUUUCAAUUGGAAUUUGAUUAUUCAUGAUGUAUGAUGCUGCCUGUUAAGCAUCCAUGGCCGAAUGGCUAUAAUUCGUAAAUUCAUGGGUUCAAUUCCUGUAUGAUGCACAACCCAAUGCAAACACUCGAAGCUUUUAUUUGUAGAGCUCUCAAGUACCUUGAGUUUCAUCACAUGUUAACCGUAGCAGGGCUGUCAAACACCAUUUGGUUAAAGUUGCACAAGGGACUUGAAAUUUCAGUUGGA